CACACCACAAUGCAAUGUGAAGAGGCGCUUGCGCAAAAAGUUUCUCUUUCGAAGUGGCGCUCACAUGCCAUGGUGCACUUGCGAGCGGCUGCAGUUUACAAGCAAUCCAAACCCACUGCUGCAAGGAGCAGCGGGUUGCCAACAUGGCCACGGGUAGACGCUAUUUGUACGGAAAUGCUCCAGGACCUAGCGUCGACAACACAAAACCGACGACGAGUCAGAGUGAUCGCAUUGCGAACAAUGAUCGGCCAAAAACAGCGCCCGCUCCACAUUCCAAAACGCUACACACACGAAAAUUCAAGUCGGCGGACGGCUACACCCAAAUUGCAGGAUACAAGAUUGGUGGUUUCCUUGGUGCAGGCAUCUACACCAAUGUGUGGGAGGUGACAGAUAAGUCGACCAACACCAAGCGGGCUAUGAAGAUUUAUGAGUAUACGGUUCCCGUGGAUCACAGGAAUGCGGUUGAGGAAGUGAGGCAGCUGCAGGGCUGCAAGCACCCGAGCAUGUGUGAGAUCCGUCACGUGUUCAUGACGCGAUAUUUCCAAGAAUGGGCACGGCCGAUGCGGUCGCACAUUGUCAUGGAUUACUGCCCUGGAGGCAAUAUGGAUGAGCUACUGAGGAAGUGCAGAGGAUGGAACACGCCCGUGGAAUACACGCUGCUGCGCAAGUGGAUGGGGCAAAUAUUUGAUGCAAUGCUUUAUUCCCAUGACAGGGGCAUAAGUCACAGGGAUCUCCGACUAAACAACCUGCUGCUGACUAAGGAACUUAACAUAAAGAUAUGUGACUUUGGUGUGCAGACUUUGCUACGUGUGGAUGGUUUGUGUAUGCAGCCUAAGCCAGACCAGUUUCCGUGGGUUGCUCCGGAGGUGUGGAAGACAGGGUUUAGCAAGGAGAGUGACAUCUGGUCUGUUGGAUGUAUCCUCUUGGCUAUAUCAUCUUGUGCAUUUCUCAAACAGAGUCAGAUCAACAGCGCACUGAUCUUGAUCAAGACACGGAAAGAUGUAUUGGACGAGAUAAUGGACUGUAUUAUAGAGGACUACAGCGUAGAGUUAGGUGAAGUCAUCUAUCGUACGCUGAGCUUCAAGCCUGAAGAUCGAACUCCCUUUAGAUCUAUGAUGCUCAACGCGUUUGUCAAGUUCAGCAUGUGGCUGGGAGGGUCUCCUGUUAUACCCACUGCGUCUGUAGAGCUGGGUGCUGCCGACAAGGCCACAAUUCCCGUCCUAUAUUCUCUUACGGACUCUCUCAAGUAUCUCCACGGUGAAAAUGCUUCAGACCAACCGUGUGUGAUAACAGCAUUGGUACGCAUCAAUGUGAUACUGCAGAAUGACUACGAUGCUGGACGUGUUCUUCAGCUGUCGUUAGAGGACAAACAGAGUCUUCUUAAGCUAAUGGUGCAAACAUGGCCAAACAACGAAACCAUCACAAGUCUUUGCCUGGAUAUCCUCAACAUAAUCAUCAGAUCUGCAGAUCCUGCAAAGCAUGAUUUCGAUGACAUGGAUGAGAAACUUCUGAGAGGAGCAGUCACUGAGAUGCGGAGGUAUAGGUACUCCCUGCCCGUUCAGAAAUCAGUCUGUGCCUUGGUCUUGCACACAGUGCACAUCCCGCGCGCUCUGGACUAUCUGUUAAAGGACGGUGUAGUAUGGGAUUUGUUGAUGGCAAUGGAGAACUAUGUACAGGAUUGGGAGAUAGUAGCCAGUGUCAGUACAGCCUUCUGCACACUGGUAAAGCAUGAUGUCAAGUAUGAAGUAAUACGCAAGGGACGCCUGAUCCCAACCAUCUACGAUGUGCUGCACAUACACGAGGAAGAUCCGCUGGUUUUGCGCUGCAGCAUCAUGGCACUGUGGGCAGUUGCAUUGCUAGACCACUAUGACCUGAGUGAGUUUGAUAGAGAGCCUCUCGUUGAGACCGUCAGCCGCAUCAUGGAGGUGCACCAAGGGGAUCCUGGCGUCUGCUCCUGUGCUGUUGGCCUGAUUCAUACAUUGCUGGAUAUAACCGAGCCCCGCAUGCAGCAAUAUGGAUUUCGGCAUCAACUGCUUGUCAGUCCCGAGAGGCGACAACCCGAUAUCUUUGAUGUGAGGUCGACGCUGAGACCAGAACCAUCUCGUGUCAUAGACCCAACUCCAAAGCGCGAUGUGAAGUUUAUUGUAGAACCAUUUACCAAGGUAAAGAAAGAGGAGAGAGUUCCGAGACGAUUUGCGUAUACUAAGCCGGACGGGGAUCUUCCUGCUGAAGCAGUUCCGACACCACCGCCGCCGCCACCAACACCACCUCCGCCACCUCACUGGGGAAUACACUACAUCAUCGAAGCCUUGAAUAUGUUCAAGCCAAACGAAGGUGGUGGAACCAUUGCCUUGACUUGUGCACAGAUCAUUCGAAUUAUGUCUGGGCUGUUUGAAAACAAGGUGCUGCAAGGUGCUCUCGCUCAGAAUGUUGUUGCUCAUCGUCUGGAUCGUGUCUUGACAGACGAGAGCAACGGUUUGAAUGAGGAGGCGCGGGCAAUCGUGCUGGCAGCAUCGGGUAGCAUCAUGGACAUUGCCGGUUUCCUGCCGCUGGACAAAGAAAUCUUCCCCGAUUACGUACCGUUAACGGAAGAUGAGAAGAGGAUGGUGUUGGCGGAGAUAGCCGUCGCAGAUGCCCGCAACUACGACAAAGCACUAGCUGAAUACGCUCUACAGGGUAUUCGUCCGACUAAAAGCAUUUCCAAGGAUAUGAGCUCACGAAAGAAACGAGAAAUGUUGUGGCAGGAAACCGUCUACAAGAAGAGGUACGAGGAAGUCUACAAGCAGAUUAGAAACCGCCGCCGGAAGAAUGCGAAGAAACGCGCCGGUGCCUCGGGAGCGAAGGCACGUUCUGCUCGAAGGCCAAAAACCGGUACGCCUUCGAACACACCAGUGGGCAGCCCAACUUCGAGCAGAAGCGCGUCUUCAAGCAAGACAGUGGGCAGUGCGUCGUCCAGCAAGUCUGCAAAGAGUCUACCGGAUUGAUGGUGACCAGAAAGACCCGACUUUACGCACGAUACAGGUAUGCUAGUGGUGAGUAACAACACCAAUAACAAAGUAACAAAUGGUGUAACUAAGAACGAGGGGAACACCGCUAGAUACCAAAUAAAACCAACCGUGAUGUAGGACAGGACGGGGCAGGGUGUCUGAUCAACUUGAACAAUUCUCUCAGCCUUCACCAUUGCACUCCCCCAAUGAUCUGUUGCCAAUAGGUCAUCGGGGUGUUGGCUAAGAGGACAGAGAGACUUCGAGGAGGCAUUGCCACUAUUCGCUCGGCUACUGCGUCAACGCCGGCUACGAAACAGUCCACAAUAGAUUAGUGUUAUUGCCACUGGCUGUGGCUGCAUCUGCCGCGUUGCUAGUACAAUUAAAUUAUUCAACGGUAUAUUGGCGCUUUGAAGACAGUCGUCGUUACAACCGAAGAAAAGUGUACACCGUGGUGGACACACGCGCUCAGCCAUAACACUAUCCUGCAUGCAUGCAUGCUUUCUCCUGCAAUAAUCUGACAUAGCAUAGUGUCACAGUCUUUUUCCUCAGCUGUUGUACUGCUAUCAUACGAUAGAGUAGAGUAUACCGUAUGACUGGAUGGUUUCCCACACCCGACCUUUCUCAAUCGGCUGUCUGUUGAUAUGGCUGAUGCUGAUCAUGCCAUGUGACCAUCACUGAAUAGUCACAUGAUUGUUUUUAAAACACUGUGGUUCUUUUUCUAAGAAUUCACACACUUUAGCGCAGCCA